AUUGACGACCCAUCUCGGACUCCUUUUGCCAAGGCAGCCUCUCCUCUUUCUCCCAGAGGUCACCCUAUCUGCCUCUUCUUCUUUCCCCUUGAUCCGACCACACUAUGAUCCGCAUGAUCCUUGUUCAAAAUCGACAGGGAAAAUCCCGCCUUUCCAAGUUCUACACACCUUACAGCGAAGAGGAGCAAGUCAAGAUCAAGGGCGAGAUACACCGCCUCAUCGCGCCGAGGGAUCAGAAGUAUCAGAGCAACUUUGUUGAAUUUCGCAACUACAAGAUCGUAUACCGCCGCUACGCCGGUCUCUUCUUCUGCUUCUGCGUGGAUGCCAAUGACAACGAGCUCGCCUAUUUGGAAGCCAUUCAUCUCUUCGUCGAGGUGCUCGAUUCCUUCUUUGGCAACGUCUGCGAGCUGGACCUCGUCUUCAACUUUUACAAGGUCUACGCCAUUCUGGAUGAGAUGUUCCUUGGUGGUCAUGUUGAGGAGACUAGCAAGCAGGUGAUCCUGAGUAGGCUGGAGUAUUUGGAGAGACUCGAGUAGGCGGCCAUCACGGCUGCAUCCCUAGCCACGCAUGAACGACUUUGCACUGUCAGCUGCGCCACGUAUAGCGCCGCCCUAGCGGCCGUGGUAUGCAUGCGUUGUCGCUCGAGCUCCCGAGGCUGCAUCAUGUCAGGAUGGGUAUCUCAUUAUCGCAUUGCAA